ACUUUUCUCAUUGAGAGCAUUGCAUUGGACAUGAUAUAUAGUUUAAUACUAUGUAUCUAUAAAUUUGGUCAAACAAAUGUAUUAAUAAAUGGAAGGUAUAUCUCCAUUUAUUAAAUUGCAUUGGACAUGUUUGAAAUAAUUAAAUAGCAUGUGAUUUUAUGUAUAUGUCCAAAUGAUGUGUCUAAAUGCUCAUCACCACCCAAGUGUUUUUCUUAUAUAUAUAUAUAUAUGGUCACAACAAAGUUGAAAGGAAAAGAAGAGAGGGAGAAUCAUGGUAGUGAAUGAAGAGAUCAACAUUCCUAAGAGAGAGGAAAGUGGUGUUGAUUCAAUAGGAACAGCAAGAACUACCUUGAAGCAGCACUUUGUGUUAGUACAUGGCAUAGGUGGAGGAGGUUGGUGCUGGUACAAAAUCAGGUGCCUUAUGGAGAAUUCUGGCUACAAAGUCUCUUGCAUAGACCUCAAAAGUGCAGGAAUUAAUCAAUCUGAUGCUGAUUCUGUUCUUUCUUUUGAUGAUUAUAAUCAACCCCUCUUGGAUUUCAUGUCUUCUUUGCCUGAAAAUGAACAGGUAAUAUUGGUGGGACAUAGUGCAGGAGGGUUGAGUAUUACCCAUGCUUGUCACAAAUUUGCCAAGAAAAUAUGUUUAGCAGUGUAUGUGGCUGCAACUAUGCUCAAAUUGGGAUUUUGUACAGAUGAAGAUCUAAGAGAUGGUGUACCUGACCUGUCUGAGUUUGGAGAUGUAUAUCAGCUAGGAUUUGGAUUGGGAAUCGAUAAGCCUCCAACAAGUGCUUUGAUUAAAAAAGAAUUUCAACGGGAAGUCAUCUUUAACUUGAGCCCUCAUGAGGAUUGUACCUUAGCUGCAAUGAUGUUGAGGCCUGGACCAAUUCUAGCCUUAACAAGUGCAAGAUUCAAAGAAAGUAAUGAAGCAGAGAAAGUACCCCGCGUGUACAUAAGGACAAAACAUGACAAAGUGGUGAAGCCAGAACAACAAGAAGCCAUGAUCAAGAGGUGGCCACCAUUGAAUGUGUAUGAACUAGAAAAUAGUGAUCAUAGUCCUUUCUUCUCUACUCCUUUCAUUCUCUUUGGUGUGCUUGUAAAAGCUGCAGCUGCUUUUGAUGUUUGAUGCAACUAUACAUGAAUUUCUGAGAGCCCACCUUGUUAAGAUGUACUACAAUAAGCACUUUUGUUUGUCUCUUAAAACCAUGUGCAUGUGUUGUGAAAAGUUCAUGAUUUUUCAAUAAUAGUGGUAUUGAUUGUACCUUAAUUAUAUAACAUCAGUAGAAGUCCUAUGUAAUUUUAUGGUAAUGUGCUUGAGUGAUUGUUUGUUACUA